AUGCUGAAGCGACCGAAAGAGGUGGUAGUCGCUCGGGGCCAGGUCCGGGCUGUACGGUGGGUCCAAACUGAGCUCCAGAAUUUUCUGGGAAGUCUUCUUCGCGACGUGAGGGCGCGCGUUAUCAUGCAGCAGGCGAAAGUUGUCGAACUUCGGGUGCUCCCUGCGGAUCUUGUCGGCCAGUCUUUGCAGUUGAGCGCACUAGACCUCGGCAGCAACUGUCGUGUUGUCCAGCAGCAAUUCGAAACGGUAGAUCCCAUGAAUUCACCACCACUUGCUCAGCAUGACCUUCUUCUCAUGGAUUUCACCUUUCACGAAAGGAUCCGGCAUUUCAUCGAAAGCGCACCACGCACGAUGUGA